AUGGAUUUUAAUAUUGGAAUUGAGGAAGCAAUCCCACAUUCAUCCGAUGAUGAAAGUUAUUCCAGACACAAUAGCAAUUGUGAAGAUCCACUCAAUCAUGGUUUGGAUGGGGGAGGCAAUUCAGUUGGUUUUGAUAUGAAAAGUAUUAAUGAAGAUGUGGUCCGGCAACUCAUAUUCGAGAGUAUUGAUGAUGCUGAAAAUUUUUACUCAUCAUACGCCAACUUAGCUGGUUUUGGAAUUCGAAAACAGAGUGUGAAACGUAACUCCGCAAACCUUGUAAAGUAUAGGGAGUGGGUUUGUACACGUGAGGGGUUUCGCAGACGGCCAAAGGAUGAUAAUAAUAGAAAACGAGAGGCGAAAGCUCUUACUAGAUGUGGUUGCAAAGCAGGCUUACGUGUAGCACAUGAUCGUUUUUCAGGACAUUAUAUUGUGACGGAUUUUGAAUCUCAACAUAAUCAUGAUUUGCAAGGUUUCAAGAAGAGGUACAUAAUUUAA